AUGUCAAAUGAGGUGGUUGUGAGAGAGCCACGCGCUGUGAUGAAGAAAUUUCUAGCCAGGCCUCAGCGUGAAGGCGUCGGGGCUACCGUUAGAAGAAGCAUUGGCAGGUUUGAGCUGAAAUAUUUUGACCCUUUUCUUGUCCUUGAUGAAUUCUCAGUUACUGCUCCGGCUGGAUUCCCUGAUCACCCACACCGAGGCUUCGAGACCGUUACCUACAUGCUGCAGGGAGGUGUGACACACGAAGACUUUGAAGGGCACAAAGGCACCAUAGAAGCGGGUGAUUUGCAAUGGAUGACCGCCGGGCGAGGGAUUGUCCACUCAGAAAUGCCAGCUUCUGAAGGCACUCAAAAGGGCUUACAAUUGUGGAUAAACCUCUCUUCCCAAUACAAAAUGAUUGAGCCAAGAUAUCAAGAAAUGUGCAGUAAGGAUAUUGGUAGGGCCAAAAGGGAUGGUGUGAAAGUGAAAGUUAUUGCAGGGGAGGCCCUCGGAGUACAGUCUCCUAUAUUUACCCGAACGCCCACAAUGUUUCUUGAUUUUACUCUAAAGCCCGGGGCCAUGAUCCAACAGCCCAUACUAUCAUCGUGGAAUGCGUUCGUGUACGUGUUAGAGGGAGAGGGCAAAUUCGGUAGUUCGCGCUCUUCGCCCGUGUCGGCCCAUCACAUCCUUCUUCUUGGGCCCGGCGAUGGGCUUGAGGCCUGGAACAAGUCCUCCAAAUCUCUGAGGUUUGUUCUGAUCGGAGGCGAGCCGUUGGGGGAGCCCAUUGUGCAGUAUGGGCCUUUUGUCAUGAACACUCAACAGCAAAUUGAUCAAACUAUUGAAGAUUACGAAAAUUUCACUAAUGGGUUUGAGAAAGCAAGAUAUUGGAAAUCCGAGUCUGCGGCUGCUGUUUUUGAUUAUUGA